AUGAAGAAAUUUCUCUGGUGGACUGCCUGGAGCAGUUUUGAAGAAGAGUUUAAGGACCAGUUAAAACAACUUGGAUCUUUGUGUGUUGAUGCUGCUAAGGAUUUGCUUAGGUAUCCACCACAAAAUUGGUGCAGAGCAUAUUUUGAUACAGUAUGCAAAAAUCAGAUGGUGGACAAUAAUUUUACUGAAUCCUUCAACUCUUGGAUCUUAAAAGCAAGAGGCAAGCUUAUCCUGAAGAUAAUUGAGAAUAUUAGAAUCAAGAUCAUGAACAGGUUGAGAGAGAAAGAAGAAGAGGUUAGAACAUGGACUACUGAGUUUAGUCCUUAUUGCAUGAAGUUGUUUACCGCUUAUCUGAAGAUAGCUAAUAAUUCAUGUACUGUGAAUUUCAAUGGUGACAUUGGGUAUGAAGUUUUUGAGGGUGAUGAUAAACAUUCAGUGAACCUGGUAAUGAAGAAAUGCACCUGUAGGACUUGGCAGUUAACUGGCAUCCCAUGUCCCCAUGCUAUCAAGGCAAUGGAAUACAAGAAAUUGGAUCCGAUCACUGAAAUUAAUUGGCGGUACAGUAAGGAAGCUUACCUUAUGAUAUAUAAGGCCAAGCAGAUGCAUGUUAGAGUUGGAAAGCCAAAGGUUCAAAGAAAUAGAGAGAAAGAUGAAGCCUGUAAGAGGCAAGGAGAGUGGGCUCAAUCAAGGAAGGGAACUAGAAUGACAUGCAGCAACUGCGGAUCAUUGGACCAUAAUUCAAGGACAUGCAAGGUUGAUGAUAGUGAAAAAGGCAAGAAACAAACUAAGAGAAAAAAGGCCAAUAUUGAAGAAGUCAUUGAAUCUGAAGUUGAAGAACCCGAAGUAGUUAAAGAUGUUGGUUGUUCAGCACCUCAACCAACAUAA